AUGCCAACAAUCGAAGAAGUUGUUGAAGACAACACAACCGAAACCACACCACACAACCAAUCAGGUCAAAGUGCAGAGGAAACCCCAGAAAAACAAGCACACGACAUGGAAGAGGAUGAUGAUGAUGAUAACGAUGAGGAUUAUGAAGAUGAAGAAGAAGAAGAUCAAAAUGAUGAUGAUGAAAAAGAUCAAGAGGAUGAUGAGCAUGAAGAUGAGAAAGCAGCCUUUGAUCCAACUGUCUUUAUGCAAGACGUUGCACCUCUCGGAGAAACUAUUCAAGAAUUAGUCAUGACCAAAGAAAAUUUCAUUCCUCACCUCAAGGAACAACUCGAAAAGACAAAUAGUAUACUCAAAAACAAACAAUUCUACUCUGAAGAGGUUGAACGAACCUUGUAUUGUGUCGGUGAUGAAAUGUGUGGCUUGCUCAAAAAUGUAGGCGUUGAAUUGACUGCAACCAACGAUUGUUUUGCUCCUCAUUUCAAAUUUACGAGAAUAAUGGAUGAGUGCCUAACUACCACUGGAGUUCUUGUAAAUUUACUUGAGUUAUGUAGCUUGCCAUGGAAUUCCUUGAUGUUGUAUCGAAUUAACGAAAAGAAUUCAAAGAUUACCAUUGAAAGAGUGAGACAAAAAGUUGUCUUUCCAGUUUUUGUGGUUGCCAACUCUGUGAAGGGAAAAAUAGAGUUUGAUGAAUUCUGUAAGGAGGUCAUGAAACACUCUCGUGAGCAAGGAUAUUUCGAUUUAACUCUUGCUGAUAGCAUUAUCAAGGAAAAUGAGAACAACUCUUCUGCUAUUAACUGGCGUGAAAAGAGUAAGGAAGUUUUCAAGUUGCACUUGCUUCCAUCCAGUGAAACACUCACAGAUGAUGAAAAUGAAAAGUGGCAUCAAUAUUUUGUCUCAAGAACUAGUGCUCAAAAAGAACACAAUUCUUUGAUUGAAACAGAAGAUCCAGAACAAGGAGAAUAUAUUUGUAGGAACAUGAUGAGAGCAUUGAAAAACGCACUUCGUGGGGACAAUAUUACACCAAAUGUUGCCGGAGAUUUCGGAGCUCAACUUGUCAUCAAGUCCAAAGACGCAGGCUAUAUGGACUUUGCAGCAUUGCAAGAUUUGACAACAGAAGUGAGACUAUAUUCGACUCAUUCUUAUCAAUGCCUUGAUCUACGUUAUUCCUAUUAUCACAAAACAAGAUAUUAUUCUCAUGAUUACUUUGCCAAACUGGAAUAUAGAAUUCUUCCUCUUGCAGUGGACAGUAAUGCAACAGAAGAAAAGGACAAGAAAAAAAAGAAUGAUGAAAAUCCUUGGUUGAUUUUCUUUGAAAAUUAUUUGGAUGAGCAAGAUCAAUUCCAACUCGAAGAUUGGAUCAUUGUAGAGAAGAGAAAAUUCUUGUUCACAUUGAAACAUUUACAAAUUGUUAAGAAAGCCAUUCUUUCCAAUGACCCUGAUUCUCCAUAUUCAAAAGUUUCUGAUAUUCAAUUAUUGAACACCAUGUAUAAUGCAAGUGGCGCCACAAAUGGCGAAGACUCACUUCAAGAAGGAGAUUGGGUCGGUUAUCGAAUGAGACAACUUUGUGGAUGUCCCUCUAAGAAAGAUUACGAAUUUGAGGAAAUUGACUUUGAUAAGGUCAUUGAAGACCAUCUCAAAGAAAUCAGAGAACGCCGUGAAGAAGAAGAAGAUGAGGAAGAUGAGGAAGAUGAGGAAGAUGAGGAAGGAGAUGAAGACGACGACGAUGAAUACUAUGAUGAAGAGGAUGAAGAGGACGAAGAUUUCAAACGAGGUUAUGCCGAUGCUCAAGCAGGCUUUGACACGUUUUUGAGAAAUUUGGCUGGACAACGAGGAACAGGUAAACGAGGAGCUCAAGUACCACCAGGAUGUGCUCAACAAUAA